AUGGAUACUGAAGAAAUUUAUUCUAAAGUUUACGAUUUUUUGGUAUCUGCCCCACCAAAACAUAUCACUGCAACCUCUGUUAUCUUUCAGGGAAUAGAAGAAGAUUCUGAGAUUUCGCAAAACGUUCUAAAAACUAUUGUAAACAGGGCUGUAGCAAACGUAAAUAAUCUGGCUACAACAAACAUUUCGCGUCGUACAAAACUUCUCCAAAUUAAUCCGCAGGAGUUGGAGGAUGAUGAACUGCGAGAUUCCUUUAUGGAACCGAAACGGAAAAUAGUACCAAGAUCUCUUCCAACAAUUGUGCAAAGAAAAUGUAAAGAAUUUGUGAAUAGUUUUAUUGAGAAUCAUGUAAUCAGCUUACCGCGAAAACUUACUCAUAACGGGGAGUGGAAAGAAUCUGGUCCUGAGCUUGCAAAUGUUACUGAGAAAAUUUUAGAUUCGUU